CAACUUCCAUUGGCUUCUGACAUCUUUAUAAGUACCUUGGUAGAUAGCUGCUUCAUCAACACUUCCCCCUCCUCCACAAGAGACUUCUCCAUACUUCUUCAGCAAAAUGAAGCUCUCCAUUUUUCUCCUCCUGACUACUCUAGCUGGAAUUCUGAUGGGAGCUGCUGGACAGGAUUCUAAUGCAGCUCCAGAGACCACUACAGAAGAGAACAAUGCCCCACAGAACACUACUGCAGGGAAUGAUAACACACAGAACACUGCGGCAGGGAAUGAUGACACACAGCCCACUCCUGAAGACAACAAGGCUGCAGAUACCACUCCUGAAGACAACAAGGCUGCAGAUACCACUGCUGAAGACAACAAGGCUGCAGAUACCACUGCUAAAGGGACCGCUAGCCCACAGACUACUACAGGCUCAACAAAAUCUAAGAGUCUCCUUGAAAAAUUCAAAAAGGGUUGGAAAGACAUUAUAAAUGACGUGGAGGAAAAAAUAUCCCAUUUUGGUUGAGAAUCAGGAAGAUACAAACCUGUGGGGAUCAUUCCUUCAAAAGUUUUCUUAAAGGAAUCAAAAAAAAAAUUUAUACAAGUCUAAAUCAUUAAACCAGAGCACCAAA